AGCAGAGCUUAGCCUAACGUGGACGCCGCAUCCUACCAAUGCGAUCGCGAGAUCGCAUCCUCCGGCGCCGGCGGCUCUGCCCCUGCAGUGUGCGCUGCAAGUGCAACCCAAUCCACCACCCAGGACCCAAGAGCGGCUAAAGACGAGGCCAAACCACCACUAUUCUUGAGGAUAUCAUAUUCCUCUGCGUCCCGAGCUGCUCCCCGCGGCUCCAGAUCAUCAUCACCAUCAUUGCGAUUUAUUCCCGCACUUUGCUUCCGGAGGCAGGAACCGCCGCCGACCCAACCACCUCCCACGCCGUCCAGUUCACUGCACUGGUUUGGUUCUUGAGAAGCAGGAGCACUUCUAGGGGCAACGAUCGAAUCUCUUCGCUGUUCGUGGUUCUCGCAGAGCUCUCUGAUCGGAGCCAUGAGCAGCACUCUGCUUCGGGUCUGCCCGUCCGAGCUCAAGAUCCCCUACGAGGUGAAGAGGCAGCGAUCGUGCUGCAUGCAGCUCAUCAACAAGACCGACAAGUACGUGGCGUUCAAGGUGAAGACGACGAACCCGAGGAAGUACUCGGUGCGCCACACCUGCGGCAUUCUGCUGCCCCGGAGCUCCUGCAGCGUCACAGUUACGAUGCAGGCUCCCAGGGACAUGCAGCUGGAUCACCAUUGCAAGGACAAAUUCCUCGUGCAGAGCGCCGUGGCGCGGGACGGGGCCACCAUGAGAGAUCUCGUCCCUGAACUGUUCACUAGGGCGCCGGGUAGGUUGAUCGAGGAGUUCAAGCUGCGGGUGGUUUACAUUGCUGCUAAUCCCCCAUCGCCGGUGCCCGAGGAGGCAGAGGAGGAGGAUGCGUCCCCUCGGUCAGAGGUGACGAUGGGCUAUGAGGCGAAAGUUUCCUCAGCGUUUGAUGCGGCAUCUAGAUGCAUGGAUAAUUCUGGAGCCAAACCUUCAUGUACCAAGGGUGCCUCUGUAGUACCGACGCUUGUUGGAGAAAAAGUAUCUACAAGAGAAGAAAAUCAGAAAAGACUUCAGCAAAAUAUGGAACUGCUCAGGGAAGCAGGAUCACCUCAACAGGGCUUCUCCGUAAUGUUUGUGCUGUUAGUCUUCAUGUCAUCUGUCUUCAUCGGACACUUGAUGAAGCACAUAAAGGUUUAGUCACAUAAUAAGUACCGCAACACAGGCGCUAGGACUAGAAACGGAUCCAGUUCUUGUCAAUCUUACGUAGGAAGAACAUACACCAAGUUCAUGUAUAUAUGGUUCAUCAGUUGCAGAGUUGUGUCAUAUCGAUUCGGUUUUGUAGGAGUUUCAGAAUUACUUAUCGCUCAAAUGAAUGUACCUAGUAUAGAAAUACAUCUAUAUACAUCCAUUUCAGCGACAACUAAUUUCGGACAAAGGUAGUA